ACAGGUGGAAGAAGAAAGGUGCCACUUUGGCAUGAAGACAGACUCCCUUAGUCGUCAGUCAUUUAAGCUGAGUGCAUUGUGAUUUCCAAUAAUUGAGGCAGUGGUUCUAAAAGCUGUCUACAUUAAUGAAAAGAGCAAUGUGGCCAGCUUGACUAAGCCGCCAGCGUGUGCAGCGCGGGCAGGACGGCACCUGGGUCUCGACGGACUUGUGCAUGUUAGCUUUAUAGAUUUUAUGUAAGGUUUUUUAAAACUCUGGUCUUUUAAAAUAGUCUUAACCGCUUUUAAUAUGGAGACAUAUGAGAGUCCCUCUCCUCUCCCGCGUGAGCCCGCAGGAGAAGUGAUGAUGGAGAACCGAGCUUGCCCCUUCCAAGUGCUGCCCCGUGAACAGUCUCCACCACCUCCCCUGCAAACGUCCAGUGAUGCAGAGGUAAUGGACGUUGGCUCUGGUGGUGAUGGACAGUCCGAACCCCCUGCUGAGGACCCGUUCAACUUCUACGGAGCUUCUCUUCUCUCCAAAGGAUCCUUCUCUAAGGGCCGCCUCCUCAUAGACCCGAACUGUAGUGGCCACAGCCCACGCACCGCCCGGCACGCACCUGCGGUCCGGAAGUUCUCCCCUGACCUUAAGUUGCUUAAGGAUGUAAAGAUUAGCGUGAGCUUUACCGAGAGCUGCAGGAGUAAGGACAGGAAGGUGCUGUACACAGGAGUGGAGCGCGACGCUCGGGCAGAAUGCGGUCUGCUCCUUAGUCCUGUCAGUGGAGACGUGCAUGCUUGUCCUUUUGGCGGGAGUGUUGGUAACGGGGUAGGCAUAGGGGGUGAGAGUGCUGAUAAGAAGGAUGAGGAGAAUGAGCUGGAUCAGGAAAAGAGAGUGGAGUAUGCAGUGCUCGAUGAGUUAGAAGAUUUUACUGACAAUUUGGAGCUAGAUGAAGAAGGAGCAGGCGGGUUCACGGCUAAAGCAAUCGUUCAAAGAGACAGAGUGGAUGAAGAGGCCUUGAAUUUCUCCUAUGAGGAUGACUUUGACAACGAUGUGGAUGCUCUGCUGGAGGAAGGCCUUUGUGCUCCCAAAAAGAGGCGAAUGGAGGAAAAAUAUGGAGGAGACAGUGACCAUCCAUCUGACGGAGAGACAAGCGUGCAGCCAAUGAUGACCAAGAUUAAAACAGUGCUCAAAAGUCGUGGCCGCCCACCUACGGAGCCGCUGCCCGACGGGUGGAUCAUGACAUUCCAUAACUCCGGAGUCCCCGUGUACCUACACAGAGAGUCUCGGGUGGUCACCUGGUCCAGGCCGUACUUCUUGGGCACGGGAAGCAUACGGAAACACGACCCUCCUCUGAGUAGCAUCCCCUGUCUGCAUUACAAGAAAAUGAAGGACAAUGAGGAACGGGAGCAAAGCAAUGAGCUCACCUCUGGUGGGGAGGUGUCCCCUGUCAAGACCCUGAGCCGAUCUGCAGAACUGGAGUUCCCCCUGGAAGAGCCCGACUCCAUGGGUGCUGACUCGGGGCCCCCGGAUGAGAAGGACCCUCUUGGGGCUGAGGCAGCCCCUGGGGCCCUGGGGCAGGUGAAGGCUAAAGUCGAGGUGUGCAAAGAUGAAUCAGUUGAUCUUGAGGAAUUUCGGAACUACCUGGAGAAGCGUUUUGACUUUGAGCAAGUUACUGUGAAAAAAUUUAGGACUUGGGCUGAGCGGCGGCAGUUCAACAGAGAAAUGAAACGGAAACAGGCCGAGUCUGAGAGGCCCAUCCUGCCGGCCAAUCAGAAGCUCAUCACUUUAUCCGUGCAAGAUGCCCCCACCAAGAAAGAGUUUGUCAUUAACCCCAACGGGAAAUCCGAGGUCUGCAUCCUGCACGAGUACAUGCAGCGUGUCCUCAAGGUCCGCCCCGUGUAUAAUUUCUUUGAGUGUGAGAACCCAAGUGAGCCUUUUGGUGCCUCGGUGACCAUUGAUGGUGUGACUUAUGGAUCUGGAACUGCAAGCAGCAAAAAACUUGCGAAGAAUAAAGCUGCCCGAGCCACACUGGAAAUCCUUAUCCCUGACUUUGUUAAACAGACCUCCGAGGAGAAGCCCAAAGACAGCGAAGAACUUGAGUAUUUUAACCACAUCAGUAUCGAGGACUCACGGGUCUACGAGCUGACCAGCAAGGCUGGGCUGUUGUCUCCAUAUCAGAUCCUCCACGAGUGCCUUAAAAGAAACCAUGGAAUGGGUGACACAUCCAUCAAGUUCGAAGUGGUUCCUGGUAAAAACCAGAAGAGUGAAUACGUCAUGGCGUGUGGCAAGCACACAGUGCGCGGGUGGUGUAAGAAUAAGAGAGUUGGAAAACAAUUAGCCUCUCAGAAAAUCCUUCAGCUGCUGCACCCACAUGUUAAGAACUGGGGGUCUUUAUUGCGCAUGUACGGCCGUGAGAGCAGCAAGAUGGUCAAACAGGAGACCUCGGACAAGAGUGUGAUUGAGCUGCAACAGUACGCCAAGAAGAACAAGCCCAAUCUGCACAUCCUGAGCAAGCUUCAGGAGGAGAUGAAGAGGCUGGCCGAGGAGAGGGAGGAGACUCGGAAGAAGCCCAAGAUGUCGAUUGUAGCGUCUGCCCAGCCUGGUGGCGAGCCCCUGUGCACUGUGGAUGUGUGAGGGAGGCGGCAGGGGCCAGGGCUUGGUGGCGCUGCCAGGGAGACCACCAGUCACACAUCGCUCACUGCAGCGUUGGGCCUCCAGCCUCUGGCCCUCAUCUGUGGCCAGCAUGUCCUAGGGCCCAGGGACAACCAUGGCCACGCAGCACACACAAGAGUAGUUCUCCCUUGGAAGCUGCUCCCAGGUCUGAACGGAUGUGUUUGAGGAUCAACUCUGAGUGACUGCACAGGUAGAAGCUGAUAUCUUAGACAGCUGUAGACCCUAUUUGUAUGUACCUGCACAGACUGUUUUUAUGAAGGUUUUCAUGAAUUUUAGUACAGAAUGCGCCCUGACAACAAAUGAUAUUUGGAUGACAGAUGAGAUGAGAAAGGACGGCCGAGGCUUGUGGCUAUGGCUGACCCACAAUGCCAGGUGGCCCCUGUGCCCAGGGUUCCUGCAGAGCUACUGCAGGGACCUGGUCAGACGGUGCACAUGGCAACCCCAUCCUCUACCUGCCUUCCAUGAUUUCCUUUUUUCUCUGAAAAAUUUAUAAUAGAAAGGAGUAUCUCAGACCUUUUUGGUUUAAAAUAAACACAAUUUUAGGAUCACUAUUUUUCAGAGAUUGCAGGCAAACCAUCAAGGUGGUCACUCUUCAUCCUUGACAUGAUGCCAGUGAGGCCGUCCAGCCAGCCUCCUGGUGUGUCACCUGCCUGCUGCUGGACUGAGAUCCACUUUUCCAAUCAAGUCUUAACACCCUAACAGCACACCUCCCCAGACACCGAGGCCCCGCCUUCGCUGGCCGCUGGCAAAUUUUUUACAAAGAUUUUUGCAGUCAAGUCCAUCUGUCCACCCAUCAAUUUUUAAAGCUUUUAUGAUAUUUUAGCAUUUGGAAAGAAACUUUUACAGUGAGAGUAGAAGGUAGGUUUGGAAUCAUGCACUUAGCAAGUGGACUCCUUUAGGGCCUUCAGCGCAGUUUAUUCUUGAUCCAGAGCUGGCCGAAUGCCUGGUGGCAGCUGCCCUGCCUCCCAGUGAAAACAGCUUCUCUGAAUUUCAAGGGCAGCCGCCCGGUGCCCAGCUGGCUCUUCAGCACCUAUGGACAGGUGCAGGAGUAGAGGUGUGUUCAUACUUGAGUCCCAUGGCACUGGCUGUGCUAAGGCCCCUGGUGUUAGCGGCCAAAUGCCGCCCCAGUCCCUAGCACCCGUUCAAGGUGCUGUGUGCUCAUGGUGCACCCAUAGAUGCAGCAUUAGGCUGCACCCUCACGUUCUGUGGCAUCUUUCCCCCACCAUGCCCCUGUGGAUGGUGUUGAUGGCGCUUAUGAUCAGUAAGAACAGAAUAUCAGCCUGUGGGCCACCCACAGCAGCACAGCCCUUCACCACCUGUGACUGAGGUUGGCUUCUGUGUUGACCUUUAAAAAAGAAAACCCCAAAUCAAGUUGCUAUAAUUAGACAUUUGCUUUGGUCUUGCCUCCUGUCUGCAGCCGUGAAUAAUCACUUGACCGUGACUGUUGUCUUUAAAACAUCCAGAGGCGCCAUCGUGAACCAAAGCUUUGUGCACAUGUUACCCUAGAGGCCAAUGAGCCUUGCUGCGGCCUUGCUGGUCUCAGGCGCCGCCACAGCUGGUGCUGCCCUGUUCCCCUUGGGUCUCUGGCAUCCUCCCUCCGUCCACUAUGUGUGGGUGCAAGUCCUGUGUACACACAGUUGUGUUGCAGGGCAGGGGGCCUGUGCUGAUGCUGCUUCUGUGCGCCAGGUCACGGCUGUAAGGGUGAGCCUCAUUGAACGCAUAAAGCAAACUGUCCAAAAGUCA